AUGAACAGUACCGACGCCGAGACCAUUCAAGAUGAGGGAUACAAAGUCGAACAGCUCCAAUUCGCUAUACAUGAUCAUGAUAAGGAUCAGGGUCAAGAUCAGCACCCGGCAUCCAGUCCCGCUGCAGGCGACUAUGCAGGCGGUGUAUCCAAGGCCGACCCGAAAGCAAUUGCACUAGUGCGAAAGCUGGAUAUACACAUCAUGCCCGUUCUUUGGGUCAUGAACUACCUCGACCGCAACGCCAUCACGACCGCGAGAUUGGACGGCCUCGAAGACGACAUUGGCUUGGUGGGCACUCAGUACAACACGUGCAUCAGCAUCCUCUACGUCGGAUACCUCCUGAUGCAGGUGCCGUCCAACAUGUUGAUGUCGUCGCGCCGGGUCCGACCGUCGCUGUACAUGAGCGUGUGCAUGUCAACCUGGGCCGUGCUUUCUGGCUGCACGGCUCUUGUCCAGAACUACACCGGAAUGAUGCUUUGUCGGUUCUUUAUUGGCAUGGUGGAAGCCCCCUACUACCCGGGCGCGCUGUUGUUCCUGUCCAUGUUCUACACGCGCAAGGAGAUUGCGACUCGCCUCUCCAUUCUCUACACGGGGAACAUUUACGCCACAGCUUUCGCGGGCUUGAUCGCCGCAGCCACCUUCGGCACGCUCGACGGAGCACACGGCAUUGCUGGCUGGAAGUGGCUGUUCAUCAUCGACGGCUGUGUCACGCUAGGCUGCUCCGUCGCUGCCGCCUGGAUCCUGCCUGACUUCCCCUUGACGACCCGGUGGCUCACUCCGGAUGAGCGACAACUGGCGCACGGCCGGAUCGCUCGCGACACCGUGGGUAUAGCGCCCAGCCGAGGUGCGCGAGCAGGGUUCGUCCAGGCCAUCAAAGACCCGCGUCUGUAUCUGCUCUGCUUCAUCCAGAACAUGCAUAUCAGCGCGUGCAGCUUCAACAACUUCUUCCCGACCGUCGUUGGCGGGCUCGGUUUCAACCGCACCGUGACGCUGGUCCUGACCUGUCCACCAUACCUGGUCUCCGGCGGCUUCGGCAUCGCGGCGGGCCUUUUGUCGGGCAAGUUCAAUGAACGCACAUGGCACAUCACUGGCUGCAUGGGCCUGGCGCUGGUGGGCUUCAUCAUCUCCUGCGCGACCCUCAACAUCGCCGCCCGCUACGUCUCGUGCUUCAUGUUCGCCUGCGGUGCGUAUGCGGUCAAUUCAAUGAUCCUGGGCUGGGUGAGCGCGACCCUGGGCCAGACCACGGAGAAGAAAGCGGUAGCACUGUCGAUUGUGGACAUUUUCGCCAAUGUCUCCUACCUCUACACGCCGUAUCUCUACCCGAAGAGUGAUGGGCCGCAUUACCUUGUCGGCAUGGCGAGCAACGCAGCCUUUGCCGUCGCCACGAUUCUCAGCACCUGGGCUCUACGGUUUUGGUUGCAGGCGACAAACAAAAAGCUCCACAGGGGUGGUGGCGGUACUGUAUAUUAUGCCUAUUAG